ACUGCUCUCAGUGCCCUGCGCUAGCUACUUCGUACGCCGGACCUCGCCGCUGCCUGCCUCGCCAUGGGUCGACAGAAGGAGUUGAUGAAUCGUUGUGGGGAGAUGCUUCACAUCCGCUACCGGCUGCUUCGCCAGGCGCUGGCGGAGUGCCUGGGGACCCUCAUCCUUGUGAUGUUUGGCUGUGGCUCCGUGGCUCAGGUGGUGCUCAGCCGUGGCACCCAUGGUGGCUUCCUCACCAUCAACUUGGCUUUUGGCUUCGCUGUCACCCUUGGCAUCUUGGUGGCUGGCCAGGUGUCUGGUGCCCACUUGAACCCCGCCGUGACCUUCGCAAUGUGCUUCCUGGCACGAGAGCCCUGGAUCAAGCUGCCCAUCUAUGCACUGGCACAGACACUGGGGGCCUUCUUGGGCGCUGGGAUUGUUUUUGGGCUGUACUACGAUGCGAUCUGGGCCUUUGCCAACAAUGAGCUUUUCGUCUCCGGCCCCAACGGCACAGCUGGAAUCUUUGCCACCUAUCCCUCUGGACACUUGGACAUGGUCAAUGGCUUCUUUGAUCAGUUCAUAGGCACAGCCGCCCUUAUUGUGUGUGUACUGGCCAUCGUUGACCCUUAUAACAAUCCUGUGCCCCGUGGCCUGGAGGCUUUCACUGUGGGUCUGGUGGUCCUGGUCAUUGGAACCUCCAUGGGCUUCAAUUCUGGUUAUGCCGUAAACCCUGCCCGUGACUUUGGACCUCGCCUCUUUACCGCCCUGGCUGGCUGGGGCUCAGAAGUCUUCACGACUGGCCGGCACUGGUGGUGGGUACCCAUCGUCUCCCCACUCCUGGGUUCUAUCGGUGGUGUCUUCGUGUACCAGCUCAUGAUUGGUUGCCACCUGGAGCAGCCCCCACCCUCCACCGAGGACGAGAAUGUGAAGCUGGCCCACAUGAAGCACAAGGAGCAGAUCUGAGUGGGCAGCAGCCCUCCUCCCCCACUGUGCACUCUCCUGAGUGUCCACUGACUAUGUGGGGACCAGUUUCCGAAAGCCCCUUGUGAUGCCUCUCUCGGGCUAAACCGCUCCCUGUAUCCACCCCUGCUGGAUGGGCCCUCCAGAAUUUCUAUGAACUCUGCCCAUUAGGGCAUUAGGUUCCCACCCACCCUUAACCCAAGCUCGGAUAGCAAGUAAGAGAGAGAGAGAGAGAGAGAGAGAGAGAGAGAGAGAGAGAGAGAGAGAGAGAGAGAGAGCAUGUGUACAUGUGUGCUGUUUUCUAGACUGAAUAAUGCAAGGGCAAGGGACCAAGUUUUCAAAACAAACUGUAGCAGCUCAGGGGAGCCCAGGGGAAGGGAGAAGAAAGUGAGUCAGGAAUGUGCCAGAGUGUGCAUGCUUCAAGGACUCCUCCGUGCGGAGGUGGACCCAGAAGUGUGUUUCUAAGUAUGUGUGUGCCUACUGUUUUUUUUUCCCCCCUGAAAUGGACUUCUAGGCUUGGGGAGGGGGAAGGGAUAAGAAGGGUGUAGCUCACAUCUGGAGCUAUGACCCUCAACUGGGGGCUGUAUAAUAUGUUUCUGUUAUAAGAUAGACAUUGGGAGGGGCUGGAGUCCAGGUCAUAAGUUUCAUAAUUUGUUUUUUAAUAUAAAUAUAUACAUACGUAUAUGUUACAGCCCUAGGAAUAGGGGUGGGGAACUCCACUUUUUAAAAGGGGUUUCCUUCCUUUAAUCCUCCAAUCAACAAUGCACUGUUGUCUUUUAUAUAUAAAAAAGAAUAAAAUGUAUACAUGUGACAGGAA